GGUACAAAAGAAUAGAGUAGACAAAACCUAAGAGUAGUUUCCCGGCCACACUGUUUCAACCAGCACACACGUUAUCACCAGAGGGAGGGUUACAGCAUUCAAUCUGUACAUCAGAAAAGAAGAGAUUGGGUAAGAUGAAUACAACCGAGGCCACCAGCACAGAUGAUUACAGUGGCGAUGACUACUAUGGCAACAUGAACAGCCCCUGUAGCACUGGCACCAGUCUAACCCAAGGGUCCAACUACCAGCCCAUUCUCUUCUACCUGGUGUUCACCCUGGGUCUGACAGGCAAUAGUCUGGUGCUCUGGGUCCUCCUCAAGUACAUGAAACUGAAGACAAUGACAGACAUCUGUCUACUGAACCUAGCACUAUCUGACCUGCUCCUCGCCCUCUCCCUGCCUCUCUGGGCCUACCACGCCCAGGGUCAUGAGUUUGAAGGGGACAGUCCGUGUAAGAUCAUGGCUGGUGUCUACCAGGUGGGCUUCUACAGCAGCAUCCUGUUUGUAACCCUGAUGAGUGUGGAUCGCUACCUGGCCAUCGUUCACGCCGUGGCCGCCAUGAGGGCCAGGACGCUGCGCUACGGAGCGCUGGCGAGCAUCAUCGUCUGGGUAGCGUCCAUCGGCGCUGCUCUCCCUGAAGCUAUCUUCGCAGCAGAAGUGUGGGAGGAUGACGAGGACAGUGGUUCAAGUUGCCAGCGGAUUUACCCAGAGAACACAGAGAAGACAUGGAAGUUGUUACGGAACUUUGGUGAAAACGGAGUGGGGCUCGUCCUAUGUCUGCCCAUAGUGGUCUUUUGUUACAUCAGUAUUCUCACUGUACUACAGAGGUUAAGGAACUCCAAAAAAGACAGGGCCAUGAAACUGAUAUUCGCCAUCGUGGGUGUGUUUGUAGUCUCCUGGGUCCCUUACAACGUUGUGGUUUUCCUCCAGACCCUUCAGAUGUUUGACAUUGGGAAUAGCUGUGAGGCUUCAACACAGCUUGAUAUAGCUAUGGAGGUGACAGAGACCAUAGCUCUGGCUCACUGCUGUGUCAACCCAGUCAUCUACGCUUUUGUAGGAGAGAAAUUCAGAAAGUGUUUGGGCACUGUGCUCUCUAGAUAUCCGCUGUGUAAGAAGCUCAGCAAACAUGCAAUGGUGAGCAGCAGAGGAUCAGAAAACGAGACUUCUAACACACCUGUGUGAUUGUACUGCUGACAGACAAUACUUCCACUGCUGAAAACCUAUUUUCAUUGAGCAGAAGACCAAUUUCUGUUCGUAUGGAAUAAUGAAGUAUUCUUCUGAACACAGACUUGCAUUUAAAUGAAGUGUAACUGUAUAAUAUUUAACUUUAAAUGUAUUUUGAUGAGCUCUGACUAUUUGUUUAAGGGUGAUGGGCUGUUUAUGUUUUGAUUACCCAUGUAUGUAUUUCAUGUAUGUAUUUCAUGUAUGUAUUUCAUGUACAGUACAGGCCUUGCACAACAUUUUGCUACAGCAUAAUAUCAAUAUGUUUUGCAUAGAGAUUAUCUCAACUUUUAUUCUUAUUGUAUGCACACAUUUUUGUUAUAACAUUAAAACACAACCAUGAGCAGGGUUGUGGCCAGAGGACUGCUACUGGAUGACCAGUGGCUAUCUGGCUACUCAUUGGCUACAUUAGAAUUUUGACCGUCCUGUGAUUGAGGACGUGUUUUGGUAUUAAUUUGAACUUGGACUUCGAGGCAAGAAUGUUACCUUUUGGAUUAUUUUGAACUUUUGUUGGCUGAGUAGGUAUUUGUGUUCCUUUCUGGAGGGUUUUCUCAAUAAAUCAACCUGUGAAUUGUGUUGUGCUCAAACAUA